AGGAUACUUGAGGAGAUGCAACAGAUCUCAAACCCAACAAACUGCCAUCGACUCAAUCCUUCUGCUUCAACACAGACUGAACACCAAACCAUAGAAGACUUUCACUACGCAGGUUGAAGAAGAUCUUGGUGAUCGCAAUCAGAGCAUUUCUUAGAACUUCGACACAUCCUUUGGGUAUUUAGAGACAAUGCAAAAUGCAGGCGAUGUUCUUUGAUAACAGGUGGGUUGUUAUGUCUUCGAGGCCUUAGCGACCGUUAUGUCGAACUCACGACACCGGUGCUGAUAACAGCAAGUCCUUCUACUAGUUCCACUUGUCUUGUGAUGCUCUAAAUCAGAUUAAGGGAGUGACCGGCGGCUCUCCUCUCCAUCCAAAUCUAUGAUCAGCUCGGUGUGUGUUUCGUCUUACCGCGGGCGCAAGUCGGGCAACAAACCUCCGUCCAAAUCAUGUCUGAAGGAAGAGAUGGCCAGGGCCGAGGACUCGGACAAGAUCAUCCUGAACGUUGGCGGCACGCGCCACGAGACAUACAAGAGCACGCUUAGGAGUAUCCCGGGCACGCGCCUCGCUUGGCUAGCCGAUUCGGAAGCGCAGCUGGACGCCAACGCGGAAACAGGACAAACGCCCGGCACCAACGAGUUCUUCUUCGACAGGCACCCGGGCAUCUUCGCCUACGUGCUGAACUACUACCGAACCGGGAAGCUACACUGCCCAGCGGACGUGUGUGGCCCGCUGUUCGAGGAGGAGCUCGCCUUCUGGGGCAUCGAUGAGACAGAUGUUGAGCCAUGCUGCUGGAUGACUUAUCGGCAGCACCGCGAUGCUGAGGAGGCGCUGGAUAUCUUUGAGCCGCCCGAUCCUGAGGAUGCCGACGAUGAUCGGGAUGUACCGCGGCGCUUCGGUAUCGAAGACUGUCCAGAGCGCUCCAGAGGCUGCUUUGAAGUUUGGCAGCCCAAAAUCUGGGCUCUCUUCGAGGACCCGUACUCGUCCCGCGCUGCGAGGAUUGUUGCCUUUGUCUCUCUCUUUUUCAUCUUGGUGUCUAUCACCAACUUCUGCCUUGAGACCCAUGAGGCCUUCAAUGAAAUCCAGAACCGUACCGAAAUGAUUUUUGAUGGCAAUGCUACCAAAGUGGUGUUCAGUCUGGAGGUGGUGACGAAUCCUGCACUAACACUGGUGGAGGGCAUCUGUGUAGUGUGGUUUACAUUUGAGUUCCUGGUGCGCAUCAUCUGCUGUCCUGACAAGUUGCUCUUUAUCAAGAAUAUGCUGAAUAUCAUUGACUUUGUGGCCAUUCUGCCCUUCUACUUGGAGAUUAGUCUGAGCGGACUGUCCUCCAAAGCUGCCACAGAUGUGCUAGGAUUCUUGCGAGUGGUGCGUUUUGUGAGGAUCCUGCGGAUCUUCAAGCUGACCCGUCACUUUGUAGGGCUGAGGGUGCUUGGCCAUACACUGCGUGCCAGUGUUAACGAGUUUUGCCUCCUCAUCAUCUUUCUUGCUCUUGGUGUCCUCAUCUUUGCUACAAUGAUCUACUAUGCAGAGCGCAUUGGCGGACACCCUGAUGAUCCAUACACGAACAACCACACUCAUUUCAAGAACAUUCCGAUCAGCUUCUGGUGGGCUGUGGUCACUAUGACCACACUGGGUUAUGGGGACAUGUAUCCUCAGACCUGGCUGGGUAUGAUGGUUGGUGCACUGUGUGCAUUAGCAGGCGUUCUAACCAUUGCCAUGCCAGUCCCUGUUAUUGUGAACAAUUUUGGUAUGUACUACUCCCUGGCCAUGGCAAAGCAAAAGCUGCCCAAGAAGAGGAAACGCCACCACAGAAACCCUGACACUGUGCUGGACUCUGCCUCAUUUGGAAAAUCUGAGAGCAACUCGCAUAGAAAUAGCACCCAAAGUGACACAUGCCCUCUUGCACCUGAGGAAAACAUUGCAAGGACCCGUUCAGACUCAAAGCAGAAUGGCGAUGCUAAUGUAGCUCUAUCAGAGGAUGAGCCACUCUCUCCCAGUGAGAGGUGGUCCCUCCGCCGCUCACACAAACGAGACAAGUGCAAGAAAGAGGGUACCUCCUUCCUCCUGACAUCUGGAGACUUUUCCUGCAGCACUGACCCCACCAUCUGUACAGAGACUUGCAAAGACACCCUCACAACCACUGCCAGCUACGGCCAGACAGAAGUGACUACGAUGACGUGAAGUGACAUGAUUAGAUGAACAGGAGAGAGUCUAUCCAUCAGAGAUACUAUCCAUUUGUGUCUGUUGGACUCCAGUCAUUCAUCCAGCAGUCCCAGUUGUACACACAACACACGUUCCCCUUCACUAAAGUACAACACACCUGUCUGCACCCCAGCAUGUUGUUGCAUGACAACUGUACUUAAUAUUUUAGGCACAUUCAAACUUUGUGUGUACUGUGUGUCAUCUUAUCUGAAGUGACUUUGUCAACGACAUUAUGGAAAUCAUAAUUCUCAUUCGAGCGAUAAUUUCACUGACCUGCAGCAAACUGCAUAUUUUCCAAAAUAACAAUCGAAAGUUUCAUAAAUCUGUAGUAGGUGUAGCUCUAUAAAUUGUCAACCUCCUUGUCAAACAUAUUGGGAGGUUGGAUUUGUUUUGAAUAAAGAAUAACAUUUCCAGGUCUGUAUCUGAUUAGCAUCAUGCCAGAGGUUUGCUGUAGAGACAGCAGAGCACACUGAAAUGAAAGAAGGUGCUCAUAGGAAGCUGUCUGGAAAAAUGUUUAAUCAUUUACUUUGAGUAGCCAUUUUCAGGUUAUUUUGAUUCAAGGUGUUUGUUCUCCUUUUAACAUUUUGAUUCUGAUUAUUUUACGGAUAUUAUAAAAUCAAAAUUUAAUUAAAAAAUAGCAUUUUUUAUAUUAAUAAACAUGCAAACAGUUUAUUGCUUCAUUUUAUAAUGUCACUGGUUGAAAGGGGACCAAGCAUCAUUACUGUGUGUGUGUGUGUGUGUGUGUGCGUGCGUGCACCCUUACUGGACUACCUAAACCUCCUUUACUAUAUAUGUGCUGUAUUCUGUUCCCGCUGUGCCUACUGUCAUGUACUGGAGAAAAUCAUUGAAACAAAUUAAUAUUUUGACCCAUGGACAGAAGUAUAUAAAGUAUAGUCUUUAAAAUAGGUGCAAGAAGUCUUUUAGUCUUUUAUUUCUUAUUAGUCUGCCAUAGUUGCCUUAUGUUUAUGAACCAAACAAAUGUUAGUUUUUAUUUUAACCUACAACCCUACAUUUAAAAAAAAACCUCUUUGUAAAUAAAAGCACACUUCUAUGUAGCACAGUAUAUUAGGCCAUUGCAUAUGUUAUAGAGUUAGCAUAAUCAUGCCACAAAUGCAUUAUAUCACAUUAUGGUAUCUGUGUAUAAACCAUAAACAGAGAUUAUUUUUUCUAUGAUUUUUUAUUUUUAUUUUUUAUGAUUUUACUGUCUGUGUUUUGGGAAAUGGCUUCUCGUAUAGACUUGUAUGGUACUGUGCAGUAACUCUUAAUAAAACUGUAUAAUGUGUGUCUUGGUGAAGCUGUUUAACAUUUUGUAUCAUGUAGGCAUGUUUCUAUGCACUUCUGCUGGAAUACAAUUAAAUAAAAUAUUCCCUAAUCUGCAAA